UUUUUAUAUAGAUGAGUAUGGACAAUCUACUAGAGGAAACAAACAUGGAGCAACAUUCGAAUGUUGAAAAAGACAAUCCUUAUAAAGAAACAGAUACAAAUGACGAAUACCUUGGCCAAAAAGAUGCAUCAGGUAUGCAAGCAGUUGAUGAUAGUGAAUCAGUAACACAAACACUUGGGAGGACUGAAUUUCCAAUCGAUGUUGAGCUAGCAGCUAACUUUGAAGAUAUCACUGGGGAGUCAUUAUGUGACAUUUCUAUGAAUACUGAUUUUGAUGCUGAUGAGAAUGUGGGCAUGUCUGACACACACAGGAACCCGGAACGUGUUACGACUAUCGUUCACGAUGCAGUCACAAAUGAGUGCUCUGAAGCCUUGGAAGAAAACUUGCUGGAUGGAGAACUUCAUGGUCCUGCACAGGUCGCAGAUGACGACCAAGAUUCUGUGAUGCAGGUAGAAACCAGCGAGACGUCUCACAUUGACAAUGACCAAGUGGUCCGUGAUGAUCAAUGCUAUACAAAACCUAAACGGGGAAGACCAAAGAAAGGCGAACAACCAAGAACAAAGAAAAGUGAACAACCGAAAACAAAGAAGCCGCCGGGGAGGCCAAAGAAUGUAGAUAGUGGUAAUUAUGACCAUUAGUUAUAUUAUUGACGGCUUUUUUGGAUGGACAUUUUCAAGUGUAAAUUUUAUAUUAUGAAUUAAAACUACAGUGUACGUCCUAUGGCAGGAAUCGAACCUUCGGCCCUGCGAUUCUGGUGCAUCCCUCUAACCAACUGAUCUACACAUGCCAGUUGUUGAGCUCCAACUGCAAAUUCAUUGUAUAAUGUUUUGUACGUAAUAUUUCAAAUCCGACUUUGAGGAUUGGACUAGAUUUCAAGUCCGUGCAAUUUGAUCAAGUCCGAGGCAAAGCCGAGUGCGAAUAAAUCAGUAUUUAUUAAUUUUAAUCCAGUCCAAGGACUAAAUUAAUUUUGAUCCAGUCCUAGGACUGGAUCAACGUACUGUACUUCUUCAGGUACCCAGUGUUAUCAUGUGAGCAAAUUAAAGCAAUAUGGUUGGCUAAUUUACUCGUGAAUUAUUAGUGAGUUUGAGAUAAAUGAAUCACAGGGCUGCUGCAGAUUUGAUACCUACCGGAGGGCCUAUACAGUAGUUGCAUUUUUCGCAACUGCUCCUAGUUUUACACAAUGAGUAUUUACACGCUUCCGGUAAUUUAUCAUUUUGUCAUACCUUUACACACUGUGGCUUUGUUCGUGUUUGGCGAAACCGCAGCUUCGUUUAGUACAAAAAUUUGCUCAUCUGUAACCGGAACGAAACGGGAAGCCAUUUUGGUUUUGUCCGCAGGUUAAUAGUGCAAGGAUCUCCAGAGCGGAGCAACCAAUAAAAUUGCAUGAAAAGCACCAGUCCACCUCCCGAAUAUAAUUAUGCUAAAACCAACUAUCUGGCAUAUCCACUAUCCGGCCUGUCGAAUACAGUAGUAAGAUGCUGUGUCUGGCGCACCCCUGGUAUUGGCCACUGAACAUCACCACAACCUCGAUGUGUUAACUCCCAAACCAUGCUAGCCUCUAACAGUAUUGAGUUGACUAAAAUAAAUUAUUUUCUUACAGCUGAAACGAAAAGGUUAAAAGCAAAGGAGCUUCGUCCAGAGUUAAUGAAACUUCUGCCUGAGGAAGGAGAAAUUAAAUUUUCGAAGG